ACCAGGUUGGAUCAAAUUAGAAAUGAGCUCAUCAGAGGGACAGCCAAGGUUUGAUGUUUUGGAGAAAAAGUUAGAGAGAGCAGACUUCAAUGGUUUGGACACGUCCAGAGGGGAAAUAGUGAGUAUAUUUGUAGAAGGAUGAUGAGGAUGGAGCUGCCAGGCAAGAGAGCGAGAGGAAGACCAAAGAGAAGGUUGAUGGAUGUCGUGAGGGAAAGAUGAUGGCAGUUGGUGCCCGAGAGGAGGAUGCAGGAGAUGGGCUUACAUGGAAAAGGAUGACGCGCUGUGGCGACCCCUAAAGGGACAAGCCCAAAGGAUAAGAAGACUCGAAUGGUCCAGUGAGGUUGGCAUUGGUCAGCAAUGAGUCAAACGAGUCCCUGCCUGUGGAGCCAGCUUCCCCAGAGCAUCAGCGCUCCUUGUGACCGCUACAAGCACGCUUGCUGCAGCCAUGAUGGAAACGUCUAUAUCCUGGGAGGAAGAGACAACGGCACUCUGAGGGACUUUUGGAGGUACAGUGUAGUGCGUAACGAAUGGACAGAGUUGAGCAGCAUCGGUGAGACUGCACCAGAGGAAGUGGAGGAGCAUUCCAUGGUCGCUCAUGAGGGCUUUAUAUACGUGUUUGGAGGCACACUGGAUUCAGCAUACACUUCGCUGAGAUGUCCCCUCUGGGUGUUUGACAUUGCCAAGCAGAAAUGGGUGCACUGUCCAAGAAAAGCAAGUGGGCCUCAGUCUCCAAUGCCAACGAACAGAAAAGGCCACAGUGCGGUGGUGGGAGGCUCAUCCAUGCUGGUGUACGGUGGCUUCGUAGAUAUAAAGGGAUCGUCUCAAGAGUUUUGGAGUUUGGAUUUUGAUACCAUGGUUUGGUCGCUCCUCACUGGUUUACAGCAGGGAUCUCUUAGCCCAGGUCCAAGACAUAGUCACUCUGCAAUGGUCUACCAGAGCUGCAUGUACCUGUUUGGUGGCUUGAAAGGCUUGAGAGAGCAGAGCGAUUUCUGGAAGUGGAAUCCUGCCAGCUACACAUGGAGUUUGCUCAAAACCAAAUCUGGACCCUCAAAAUUGAUUGGUCACUCAGCUGUAGCCUACAAGGACAGCAUGCUUCUUUUCGGGGGAGGAGAAAGCCUGAACUAUCCAAAGAACUGUCUAUGGAGGUACAACUUCUCCACUCAUACAUGGUGGCAAAUAAACACAAUGCCGGGAUCGAGCUCUCCAGAUAAGAUUCACCACUGUUGUAUUGGUCUUGGCCCGAACUACACAGCCGAGACCACCGGCAUCUGCUCAGAAGCCAACCCAAAGCUGCACUAUGAGAAAUUUAGGCCUUUCAAAAACAAAUGCUUUCCUACCCCACUCACUUUUCUGGGAUCAGAGGGCGCUAUAGAGCUGCAAACUUUCACCUUUGACAAGUGUCACCUCAAAAAUCUUAGUCAUGCCACAGAACUGGACAAAAGUGACUUACUGGAAAAAACUGUGCGUCGAGAUGGAAGCUGUCUGACAUUUGAAAAUAAAGCAUUUAGUAAAGACGGGAGCUGCACAGAGGAGGAGUUGCUCAAAGGAGAGGAUGAAGAUGUGGCACAGCAUUUGCCUGACCUGCUACUGGUGUUGGGGGGCAGACCGUGUUCUGGACUUAAUCCUCUGUCGGUUUGGCAAAUGACUCUGUCUGAGUCUUGACAGCCUUGAAAGAGCGCAUUUUAAAAUAUGCUCCUCUUAUUCAGAGAAUGCGGGACAAAAACAGUGUUAUGCUAUUGUGUUACCUUCAGUGUAAUGUUGACAUAUGUUAUUGUUACAAAAUAUGUUUUAUUAUGGAGUAAUCCCUUGUUAUAUCGCAGUUCACUUAUUCCAGAUUCAGAGCAUUGCAGAUUUUAUUAUUAUUUUUGAGUGUAAUGCAGUAACACACCUGCAGUUAGCAAUGACUUACAUAAGGACAAAGGGGCUCUUUCAAUGCAGAGAACACAUUUUGUGUGUAUGCAUGCAUGUUCAUGACAAGAAAAGGUGAUUCUAUUCUAUUUACUAAAAAGAGACCUUCAGGCCUUUUCACACUGCACUUGGCAAUGCGCUUGCCGCUCUCAACUUUCCCAUUCAUCGUGUAUGUGUCGAGGGGGGGCAGCAGCGCAUUUUUUGACUCCGACAUUUGAUACGUCGCCAUGUUGCUUAUUGGUUGAGUGAACGUGCCACUGUUUAACGCACAAGCACAGAGUCAAGCGUUUCAUUAAAAAUCAAUGCACUACUACCAACCUAGCCCAACGUAUUGCUAAUGCACACACGCAUAACAAUGCAGACAGGAACAAAUACAAGUAAAGAGCAACGUUUAGCUUGAUUUUCUCCAACUACAGUACUGUAGUUAAAAAGAGCACCACCCACAAAGCAUUCUGGGACCCAGUGGGAUCUGCCGGCCCUACUUCCCAUGAUGCUUUCCGCCGCCUACACGCCGGGACCGUCACUGUGGCGCGCAGUGCCUAAUGUUUUCGGAAUCGCCUGUUAAAUCACCCGUUGACACCAUGUCUGCAUG